AUUGUCUGUUAGAAGAAAAAAGAGAUGUCUUCAUUUUUAAAACCAGUACCAACCUCAUCACCACCAAAAUCGAGAAAUACAAUAUCUCCAAAUACAUAAUCCAAAAGUCCCCAUUACACUGAGUUACAAUAAGGAUCUACAUUACAAAAAUCACAAUAGAGUCUGAGGAAUUCCCAUUACACAAGCAAGUUUGAGAAGAGCAUUGAUAUGGAUAUGAAACAAAGCAAUACCUUUAUAAAUCCAGAAUUUGAGAUUAAGAAAUUGAUGAAUUUGGUAGAAUUGCAAUAACACGAAAUCAACAACUGGAAACGUCGAUAUGAAUAAGCAGAAGCAAGAUGUAUUUCGACUAAUCAGACUUAAACAAUGCUAGAAUAUGAGAAACAUUUGGACUAAUUAACUAAGGAAUUGAAGAAUUCUAUAUAAUAGAAUGAUGAGCUCAAUAGUAAAUUGAGAGAAAAGGAUACGCAAUUGAGUCGUUUGAAUAAAUAAAUAGAUGUAUAGAAACAAUAACUGAAUGAUUUCUCAUCUGAAUUAAAGUAUCUAUAACACGAAAAACUGAAUAUGGAUAAGGAUGCUUCUAUGCAAUUAUUUCAAAAGGAUUAGAAAUAUAAUUAAAAUUUAUAAGAGAUCCAAUAAGCACAUUUAGAACAAUUACAAUUAAUGGAUGAUCAAAUUUAGAAAUUAUAAGAUGAAUUGGUGAGAAGAAAUCAGGCCAUUGAGUUUUAGAAAUAAGAGAUUGUAUAAUUGGAUAAAAUAGUAAAUGAGAUGAAGGUAGGAGAAAAGAAUUUAAUGCAGCAAUUGGAAGCUCUAAAAGUGAAGUAUUAGGAUCUUUAAGAGGAAAAGAAAAGAGAAGUUAAUAAACUCAUAUAAUAAAAUGAAUAAUAAGUUAAAUCAUAAGAGAAGGAGUUUCUAGAUGAAAAGGAGUGUUUAGUGCAUAGGAUUAGUUAACUUUAAUAUGAGAAUAAUAUUUUGAAUCAAUAAAUACUAGAAUAGCAGAAUUUAAUUUAAGGCUUACAAGAUGAGAUAUAAUCACAAGUGGAAUAGAAUUGCAAUUUACAAGAGCAGAAUUAGUUGUGUUCCUAAGAUUUAGAUCAGAAAUAUAGAAAAUCAGUUUCGGAAAUAAAGAUGGAAUAUUAAUAAUAGAUUAAUAAAUUGUUGUAAGAGAUUUAAAAAGUGAAUUAACAAUUGGAUUAAACUUAAAAAUAAUUACAAGAAAAUUAGUAAUUGAAUUAAGAAUUGUAAAUUUCACUAGAAAACUUGAAUUAGCAUAAUUAAACUACAACAUCUUAACUAAAAUAAGUAUAGAAUGAAUAUGAUUCGUUGCAAUUACAAUAUGAGAAUGAUAUUCAAGAGCAAAAUUAAGAGAUUGAACAACUAAAUGAUUAAGUUAAUCAAUUGACUGAACUAUUAGAAUAGAGAUCAAAUGAAUAUGAUGAAUGA